UGCAUAUGACGUGUUACUUCGUUAUGAUAAUUGUUGUACUGGUUAAUAAUUAUUCGUGAAUACUCAAUCGUCUUUCCAUGUCGGAAUAAAAUUAAUUUUUAAAUUAUAUUUUAUUUAUUUUAGGAUUUAAUAAUUAUUUAACACGUAUACGCGCAGCAUGUGCUUUAAGUAAUUUAAAUAAUAAUCUAAUUAAUUCGAAGCGAUGGCCGGCCAAAAAUUUCAAUACGAUGAAAGCGGCGCGACAUUUUUCUAUUUCAUAUUAUCGUUCUUAGCUUUGUUACUGGUGCCGGGGACGUAUUAUUGGUGGCCUAGAAAACAAAGAGAAGACCCAAGAGCAUUGGCAUCAGAAUGUUACUGUCCAGGAUGCAGGAAAAAAAAGACUAUUCUUCAGUCUACAAAACCAUGGGAAUUAAUGAAAAGAAUACUCGUAAAAAUUAUCAUUAUUGCUGGUUGGGCUUUAUUGGCAUUCCUUGCAUAUAAGGUUUCACAGUUUGAUUAUGAGAGUGCAAGUUUUGAUCCAUAUGACAUUCUCAAUGUUCCAAUUGGAACUAAUGAAAAAGCUAUUAAAAAAGCAUAUAGAAAGUUAUCUUUAAUAUAUCAUCCUGACAAGGAAACUGGAGAUGAAAAAAAAUUCAUGAAGCUUACUAAAGCUUACCAGGCUUUAACUGAUGAAGAAUCUAGAAAAAAUUGGGAAAAGUAUGGAAACCCUGAUGGUCCAGGAGCAAUGAGUUUUGGUAUUGCGCUACCUUCUUGGAUAGUUGAAAAAGAAAAUUCAUUUUGGGUUUUGGGUCUUUACGCUCUAGUGUUUAUGAUAGCCCUCCCUACAACUGUGGGUAUGUGGUGGUAUAAGUCUAUUAGAUAUUCUGGAGAUAAGGUUUUAUUAGAAACCUCACGAAUGUAUUACUACUUUCUACACAAAUCAAAUUCGAUUCCACUUAAACGUGUAAUAAUGAUUUUAAGUGCCUCUUUAGAAUUUGAGAAAAAAUAUAACAGUGAGAUAGUGGAAAGGUCUAGUGACGAGCAGGAAAUGCCGCAGUUGAUUAAACAACUAUAUAAUUUUAUGGAGAAAGCUCAGAAGGAACCACCAUUGUCGUAUAAUUAUUCAAUAAAAGCUCGAGCAUUGAUUCAUGCACAUUUAUCACGUUUAGUACUUAAGGCUGAUACAUUAGAUUUAGAUCGUAUGUAUAUUGUAAAAAAAUGUCCUUAUUUAAUUCAAGAAAUGGUCGGUGUAGUUUCUCAAUUGAUUUUGCUUGCAUAUGCUCAAAGAGUUCCUAGGUUACUCAAUAUUGAAACAAUAGAAAACUGUAUGAAACUUUGCCCUAUGGUUGUGCAGGCAUUAUGGGAAUAUAAAAGCCCUUUCCUGCAAUUACCUUAUAUAACUGAAGAUCAUCUUAAACACUUUGACAAUAAAAAGAAACGCGUAAGAAGUAUUCAACAUCUAGCGCAGUUGAAAAACGAAGAGAAGCGCAGCACAUUAAAAUUUUUGUCAGAUAGUCAAUAUGAAGACUUGGUUAAAGUUCUUGGCAGGAUGCCUUACAUUGACUUUAAAGUUCGUUGUGAAGUUAUCGACGAUGAAGCAACUACAGUUUAUACGGCUGGUGCAAUAGUUACAGUAACUGUCCAGCUGAAAAGACAAGAUAUGAAAGUUUUAUUUGGGGACGAAACUUAUGCCGAUAAACAUGUGGAGUUAGAAAAAAAUUCAAAUGAAAAAGAAAAAUCUUUACCCAACGGGGAUUUAACAGAAAAAAAUGACAAUGAAGAAGAUAACGAGACCAAAGAAAAUGAAAAACAACCAAAAUCGACCAAAGGUAUUUGGCAACAAAAGCGUCAAACAGGAAAAAGUAGUAAAAAAAGUAAUACGAAAAAACAAAAAACUAUAUUAUCAGCACAUGCAAAGAAAAAAAUCAAAAAGAAAGAAAAACUAGAAAAAGCUAAGUUGGAUGAUCAACAAGAGCCAAAAGAAAAUGAGUCUAAAGAAAAUGAAGGUGAAAAAAAUGACGAGAAGGAAGAAAAAGAGGAUAAAGAAAUUAAUGAAUCUUCAGAUGAUGAUUCAGACUCUGAAAAUAGUUGCAGCACUGAUAGUUCCGACGAAGGAUCAGAUAAAUCUGAUGCUGAAGAAACAAUAGAUAAUAAAAAAAAGGUGUCUUCAAAUGACGGAGAUGAUGAUGAUGAUGAUGAUUGGGAUAAAUUCCAAUCUGGUUCAAACAAAAAAGAUAGAGUACUUGAAGGUAGAACUAAACAAUCACAUUUAGUUCAUUGUCCUUAUUACCCAGAAGAAAAACAUGAAUAUUGGUGGGUGUACUUAAGUGAUCGGAAAAGUCGUACUUUACUUACAGUUCCGUAUCAUGUAACUGAAUUAGUAGAUGAAGAAGAAAUUCAAUUGAAAUUUACUGCUCCUAGAUGGCCGGGAGUUUAUGUUUUUGCUGUUUGUUUAAGAUCAGAUUCAUAUUUUGGUUUCGAUCAAAUGCAUGAUAUUAAAUUGGAUGUGAAAGAAGCACCUGAACCAUUAACAGAACAUCCACAGUGGGAUAUAUCUGAUGAAGAAAACGAUACUAAAGAAGAAGAUAAACAAAGUGAUAUUUCAGAAUUUACUACUGAUGAAGACGUUGAAGAUUAAAAAAAAAUAAUUUAUUGUAUGUAUUAUGAAACCUCUAUGAGCAACCUGACAUACAAAGAAGUUCAAAACAACAAAAUAAAGUAUGAAGUAAGUUAAAUAAAAUAAAUGGAGUUAAAUGUAACUGAAAUAUUUUGUAUUAAAUAUAAUUGUUUUCAAUCAAAGUAUUUGUUUUUUAAAAAAAAUUAAAUUAAUACUGUUAAAAUUGGUUUAUAGUUGUUUGAAUAGAAAAAUGUAUUUUACCUAUUCUUACAUUUUUAAUAUUUUUAUUAUUAGAUUCAAAGCUAUGAAUCUACACAAUGCACCUGUUGUUUAAUUUAUGAGAUUAUGUUAAUUUAAUUAAGUAAAAUAAAUUGUACUUAAUUUGUUAAGUUCUGAAGAUAUUUAUUAAAAGAUAUUUUGUAUGGGGAUUUUUCAUAAAAAAAAUUAAAGAUUUUUGUUCUGGUUUAA